AUGUACGUCGUGAAGCGGGACGGGCGGACGGAGACGGUGCACUUCGACAAGAUCACGGCGCGGCUCAAGAAGCUCAGCUACGGGCUCAGCCAGGAGCACUGCGACCCGGUGCUCGUCGCGCAGAAGGUCUGCGCGGGCGUCUACAAGGGCGUCACCACCAGCCAGCUCGACGAGCUCGCCGCCGAGACCGCCGCCGCGCUCACCGCCUCCCACCCCGACUAUGCCUCCCUCGCGGCGAGGAUUGCUGUGUCCAACCUGCACAAGAACACCAAGAAGUCCUUCUCCGAGACGAUUAAGGACAUGUACCUGCACUACAACGAGAGAUCUGGGCUGCUGUCUCCGCUGAUUGCCGAGGAUAUCUAUGAAGUCAUCAUGAAGAACGCCGCUCGCUUGGACAGCGAGAUAAUCUAUGACAGGGACUUUGAUUAUGACUACUUCGGUUUCAAGACUCUGGAGAGGUCCUACCUCCUGAAGCUUGGUGGGGUUGUCGUGGAAAGGCCGCAGCACAUGUUAAUGAGGGUUUCAGUAGGGAUACACAAGGAUGACAUUGAUUCUGCCAUCAGAACUUACCAUCUCAUGUCCCAACGCUGGUUUACUCAUGCUUCGCCAACCCUUUUCAAUGCUGGCACCCCGAGGCCACAGUUGAGCAGCUGUUUCCUUAUCUGCAUGAAAGAUGACAGCAUUGAGGGAAUCUAUGAUACUCUGAAGGAAUGCGCUGUCAUAAGUAAAUCUGCUGGAGGAAUUGGUGUUUCUGUUCACAAUAUUCGUGCUAUUGGGAGCUAUAUUCGAGGAACAAAUGGAACAUCCAAUGGGAUUGUUCCUAUGUUACGUGUCUUCAAUGAUACUGCUCGUUAUGUAGAUCAAGGUGGAGGCAAGAGAAAGGGUGCCUUUGCUGUAUACCUGGAGCCCUGGCAUGCUGAUAUUUUUGAGUUCCUUGAUCUGAGAAAGAACCAUGGCAAGGAGGAGAACCGUGCAAGGGAUCUUUUCUUUGCUCUCUGGGUUCCUGAUCUAUUCAUGCAAAGAGUACAAAAUAACGAGGACUGGUCCCUUUUUUGUCCCAAUGAAGCUCCGGGGUUGGCUGAUUGCUGGGGUGAGAAGUUUGAGGAAUUGUACAAGAAAUAUGAAAAAGAAGGCAAGGCGAAAAAGGUUAUUCCGGCACAGACCCUCUGGUUUGACAUUUUGAAGGCACAGAUAGAAACUGGCACACCUUAUAUGCUCUAUAAGGAUUCAUGCAAUAGGAAAAGUAACCAGCAGAAUCUGGGCACAAUCAAAUCUUCAAACUUGUGCACUGAGAUAAUUGAGUUCACAAGUCCUGAGGAAACUGCUGUCUGCAACCUAGCAUCUAUUGCUUUACCACGUUUUGUAAGGGAAAAGGGUGUCCCAAUAGAGUCCCAUCCAUCCAAGCUUGCUGGUAGCAAUGGAUCAAAAAAUAGAUACUUUGACUUUGACAAGCUAGGCGAGGUUACUUCAACUGUUACUUUCAAUCUAAACAAAAUAAUUGAUAUGAACUAUUAUCCGGUUGAAACCGCAAGGAGGUCUAAUAUGCGACACAGGCCAAUUGGCAUAGGAGUUCAGGGCUUGGCAGACACAUUCAUGUUACUUGGCAUGGCAUUUGAUUCACCUGAGGCUCAGCAAUUGAAUAGGGAUAUUUUUGAAACUAUUUACUACCAUGCUCUGAAAGCUUCCGCUGAACUGGCGGCUAAAGAAGGCCCUUAUGAAACAUAUGAAGGGAGCCCUGUCAGCAAGGGCAUUAUCCAACCUGACAUGUGGAAUGUAGUGCCAUCGACCAGAUGGAACUGGCCAACUUUAAGGGAAACUAUUUCUAAAGUUGGAGUAAGAAACUCUCUUCUGGUGGCUCCAAUGCCCACUGCUUCCACUAGUCAGAUUCUUGGCAACAAUGAGUGCUUUGAACCCUACACAUCUAACAUAUACAGUCGGCGGGUUCUAAGUGGGGAGUUUGUUGUGGUUAACAAGCAUCUUCUCCAUGACUUGACUGAGAUGGGUAUCUGGACACCUGCUCUGAAAAACAAGAUAAUUUAUGAAGAUGGUUCUAUUCAGAAGAUGGAAGAAAUCCCAGAUGAUCUUAAAGCAAUUUACAAGACUGUUUGGGAGAUUAAGCAGAAAACUCUGGUUGACAUGGCUGUUGAUCGUGGAUGCUACAUCGACCAGAGCCAGAGCCUUAAUGUCCACAUGGAUCAACCAAACUUUGCAAAGCUUACUUCGUUGCAUUUCCAUGCUUGGUCCAAGGGCCUGAAAACUGGGAUGUACUAUUUGAGAACAAGGGCAGCUGCUGAUGCAAUCAAGUUCACUGUGGAUACUGGCUUUCUGAAGGUCAAUGGAGAUGCUAAUGGCACUAAUGGCAAACUAGCAGAGGAAGACGACGAAGCCAAAAUGGCGCAGGUCGUCUGCUCCUUGAACAACCGGGAAGAAUGCCUGGCAUGCGGGAGUUAG